AUGGACAAGGAGCUGCUGGAAGCGUUCGGGAUUUCUGUGUGCCGCACUUGCAAGAUGUCGCGAGAAGAGUUCCAGUACGUUUCCACCAAGGACGUGAAGGACACGUAUCUCCUGCCUCAGGGCACCAUUGCAGUCCUCAAGUUUGUCGAGCGGGACAACCCGCACCACUCUAGCUGGACAAAGAUGAAGCUUUACCUCCGUAGAGAGGUCGUGGCGUACAGUUAUAAGCGUUGGGGUAGUGAGGACGGCCUCGCUGCGGAGAGGAGAAGACGAGAGUCUCUCAAGUACGACCGAUCCCUUGCGCGGACCAAGGGCAUAUUCAAACGUUCCAGACCCGAAACAGAGGACGAUGGCGUCACAGGCGGCUUCCUAUGA